GGAUCAACCAAGACUAUCACUGACCAAAUCAAUAGUGCCCCCUAUGGACCUGAAUGGCAGGGUAAGGGACGAUUUAUUUGAACUUUGUCCAAAUAUUAUGAUUAUUAUUGUUAUGCGGGUGGUCCUCCAAAUUCGGUGUCCUGGGGCCUGUUGCACAAAAGUAGAAUUAAGACAUCCGGGAUAAAUGACUCAGCUGAGCUCAAUGAAGCCAAAACAUGUGCGUCCAGGCUUAAUUGGUUGCACAAAGACCAAGCCAGGAUGAGCAGACACGGAUUCAUUAAGCCAGGUGAAACCAAUCCUGGAUAGGUGCGCGCUCACGGCUCACUCAAAUAGACCCCGCCACAGAUCACAGAUUAACUGAUUUACCAUGGCAACUAGAGCCGCGUACUUUUCCCCGUCGGAAGCACAAAUCCUCAUGGAGGCAUACGAGGAGGUAAAAUAUAUAAUUAAGAAGAAAGGCAACACCGCCACAGUGAUAAAGCAAAGAGAAAAAGCGUGGCAAAGUAUUGCAGACCGCCUGAAUGCAUUAAACAUGAACGGGCCAAAACGGACAUGGCAGCAGGUCAAAAUCAAAUACAAGAACAUUCUGCAGAAUGCAGUGAAAAAGAAUACCCACAGACAAGGCACGGGUGGUGGGUCACCAAAGGCUGACCUUACCCCAGCAGAGGACAUGGCCUUGGAGCUAAAUAAAGGCAGGCCCGUCUUAGAGGGGAUCCCUGGGGGGGAAGAGACGAGCAUAGGUUCCUCCCAAGAUGCCACCCGCUUCAUUCAAGUGCCUGGCAGCACUGUGUUCCUGUUAGAGCCACCAGCACAAGCACCAGACGAUGCUGAUCCAGGUGAAGGCCCCAGUGCAGCAGCAACAGCACAUGAUGGAGACGAUGAUGAGGAGGAGACCAUCUCUCUGGAUUCCAGAAGGCAUGAGGACCCAGAUGCUAUACAGUGGGAAAACCAGCCUGGCAACAUAAGCUCACAAGCUAUCAGAAAGUUGUAUGGCAACCACCUCCGGCGCCAAAUAGAACUGGCAGACAUAGACAUUCAGUACAAGAAGAAAAAGAUGGAAAAUCUUGCACUGGAGUCCGAAAUAAAAAAGAGGACAAUUAGGAAACUGGACCUUGAAAUAAAAAAACUUGAGAGGGAGCUCCAAGAAGAUGACACAGCUCAAAAUAAAAAUUAGCAAUCAGUACAACCAAGUCAUCGUUAUAAGGCAUCGCCCUCUUUUGCCCACCCCCCCAGCACCAGGUGUGGCCACUAGCCUAUAUGAAGGCCCAAAUUGUGUGUUCCUUUCUGCUCUGACAAUGGCAUGCCCAUUCGUGCGAGAUGUGGUGGAUGAAGAAGCACUUGUGCUGAGGAGAGCCUUCAGGCGAGAAAGGGUCUUCAGGGACCGGUUGGACCCACUGGCCUUCCCUGAUGACCAUCUAUAUGAAAGAUACAGGUUUUCUGCAGAUGGCAUCAGGUAUCUAUGCAGACUACUGGGUCCCAGGAUUAAGCACCGCACUGCACGGAGCCAUGCACUGAGUGUGGAGCAAAUGGUUUGUGUGGCCUUGCGCUUUUUGCUAGUACACCCUUCCUGUACUCAGUGGGGGAUGCAGAACAGCUGAACAAGGCCACAAUUUGCCGCACAAUAAGGAGUGUGUGUCUGGCUAUCAAAGCAUUAGCAGAUGUCUUCAUCUCCUUCCCUGGCCACAGAAGACUCUGUGACAUCAAAGAGGAGUUCUAUAGGAUUGCAGAUGGUCUGCAAUGCUGACUGUGUGAUCAGCAAUGUUGUGGCAAAAUGGCCUGGCUCAGUCCAUGACUCCAGAAUCUUUCGGGCCUCUGAAAUCUAUCAGUGCCUAUCACAAGGUGAAUUCUCUGGUGUGUUGCUGGGAGACAGGGGUAUGGCUGCCAGCCUUUUCUCCUGACACCUUUCACAGACCCCAGGAAGCACAGCAGGCCUACAACCAUGCCCAUGCCAGGACCAGGGCCAGAGUUGAAAUGACCUUUGGCCUCCCGAAGGCACGCUUUCACUGCCUUCACAAAUUAAGGGUCAGCCCUGUUAGGGCAUGUGAUAUUACUGUGGCUUGUGCUGUCCUCCACAAUGUGGCCUGCCUGAGGAAGGAGAGGGCCACCAGCCAUGGACUGGGACAAUCCGGCAAUCUUCCCUGAUGACGACAGUGGUCGGCUGCUGAGGGACCAAUAUGUGUUGAAUUAUUUUAGUUAGUAUGUGUGCUUUCAAUUUUGGUUAAAUAUGUCCUGCGGUGGCAGAGGAAUUUGGG